AUGAACAUCAUUAAUUGGAAUAUUAGGGGUGUUAAGUCCAAUGGAGCAAGUGAAAGACUAGAUAGACUAGUCAGAAUGCAUAAUGUUAGCCUAGUUAUCCUUCAGGAACCUUUUCUACCUGCGGAUCAACUGGAGGACUACAAAAACAUCAUCGGAUUUGAUUAUGCUGCUUCUAACAAAAAUAGCAAAAUCUGGUUCCUUUGGAAAAACAAUUUGGAGUGUACUAUAAUCAACAAUAGUAAACAAGAAAUUACUCUGAAAAUCAGUCACAAUGGACAAACCUGCUGGAUUACAGGAGUCUAUGCCAAAUCUACCAUUGUGAGAAGAAGGAAGCUUUGGAACAGGAUCAGGAGAAUCAAGAAUUAUGUUAAUGGACCUUGGGCCAUCAUGGGGGAUUUCAAUUCAAUCUUAGGAGCUGCUGAAAAGAAAGGAGGUGUGCCAUACAACCUUAAUAAGAGCACUGAUUUUAGAACUUGUAUGGAUGACACUGGUAUGACUGACUUAGGCUUCACUGGCUAUCCAUUCACUUGGUGCAAUGGUAGAGGCAGAAGUAAAGAAUCAGCAAAAGGCUUGACAGAAUUAUGGCAAAUGAAGAAUGGAUAG